AUGCCCCUCGAAUCUCCUAUCAGUUUCCUCACAAGUGCCCUCGCUUCCUCUCAAUUGUCGUCGUCAAAUUUUGAUCUCGACGUCGCAUCCGGAAUAGCAAUUUUUUUCGGAGGCAAAGCAGCAGUAUCUGCGCUUGCAUUACAACCGCUGUAUGGUCAGCUGUGGCAUGGAUGGUACAACGCACCUGGAUGCCACGCAAUUGCGUGGGAGCUGGCUAGAACCUUGUUGCAGAGUUCCAUCUCGUCAUACUCCGAGAGACUCUCGCUGUCUCUCGGCAUAGAUGGCAAGAAAGGACCCAAAUACAUUGCUUCGCGGUCAGGAACGGUCAUGCAGUAUACUCGCCACCUUGCAUACGUGCUAGUUAACUGGAGAGGAAGGGAGUGCAAUCCAGUAGUUGUUGGUCUGAGGGUCAGCCCGACGCCGAUGGAGUUGAUGAUCGUAGACUUCAAGAACAAAGUUCCGACGGGAAAUGACACGCUGCCCCCAAGAAGUACCCGUCACUCCUCGUUGCCCAUAAUCCCUAUCGCCACUAGCAUCGUAGCUUGCGCUAUUUGCGCCAGUGUUGAAGACUGGUUGUCCUUCAAGAUGAUUAUCCUUGGGAUGAUCUCCUCUGGAAUCACUUCUGCCAUCAUGAGCACUGGGCAGAUCACCCUUGAACGGCUCAAACCAGCAGAUGGAGUUCCACCCGGAGAUGGGAUGCUAUUGUCAGAUACCCGCAUCGUCAUUUUGAAAGGCAACGAAGAGGACGUAAACGCUGUGACCAAGGGAAGACUGCGGCUGAAGCUCAAAGGAGGUGGUUACACCCUCCUUCUCUGCGCGUUCAUAGCGUUGUCGCAAGCUACCCUACAGCUCGUCUUCAUGCCUUUCGGAUCGCUACCAGGACAAAUCAUGUUCCUGAUAUCGCUCGUAGUGUCUGGGGCAUGCAACCUGUAUCUAUCAGCAAAGGAAGAUGAUGUGCAGUCGAGUGCCCUCAUCACCCUGCUGAACUCUCCAGAGGUGAAGACUUACCAAGCCAGUUCUAGAGCAUCCGCUGCCGUUUUGGCAUGCCUAGCGCUCUGUUGGGAGUCUGGCACGCCACCCGAGCAGGUCCUCCGGGAGAUUGUACCCAUCACGCCAAGACCAUGGAAGGCCUGGUCUGAGUUUGUUGUGAAUAAUAUCAAGAAGAAGAAUACGCACUUCAUGUAUGGACGCAGCUCGGCGGGGGCCCACCUCGGGCUGGACGAUCGGGAAGAGAAGCUUUUGCUCGAGCUCGUCGAUGACGCUCAUGCAGCAUACGACCAAUAUUUGAAGGAUAACAGUAUCUCCAUUACAUAG